AAUUUACCGGAAGUAACUACGUGUGCACUUUCGCAACUGUCCAGGAAGCGUUUUCCAAGCAGCUACAGAGACGAGAAGGAUAAUUGUUUGUUUGUUUUUUUCGAGGAGGAUUAAACCAAAAGCACCAUGCUGCCGACUACCUCGCCACAAAGUAACGGCGACCCCAGCUCCAGGGAUGCUGCCCGUCACACAGCAGGUGCCAAGCGCUACAAAUACCUACGGCGACUGCUCUAUUUCAGACAAAUGGACUUUGAGUUCGCCAUGUGGCAGAUGCUUUACCUGUUCACAUCGCCACAGAGGGUCUACCGCAACUUCCAUUACAGGAAACAGACAAAGGACCAGUGGGCAAGGGAUGAUCCUGCAUUUCUGGUCCUUCUCAGCAUCUGGCUGUGUGUAUCAACGAUCGGUUUUGGUCUUGUUCUGGACAUGGGAGUUGUGGAGACUUUGAAGCUGCUGCUGUGGGUGGUCUUUGUCGACUGCAUAGGUGUUGGUCUGCUCAUAUCAACCCUUAUGUGGUUUAUCAGCAACAAAUAUCUGCUGAAACAACCCAGCAGAAACUUUGACGUCGAGUGGGGUUACGCAUUUGAUGUUCAUCUAAAUGCUUUCUACCCUCUUCUAGUCAUUCUGCAUUUUUUGCAGCUUUUCUUUAUCAACCAUCUUGUGGUAAUAAACUCAGACUGGUUCCUGGGUUACUUUGUUGGGAACACUCUGUGGCUCAUCGCCAUUGGUUACUAUCUCUACAUCACCUUCUUGGGCUACAAUGCUCUACCUUUCCUGUCGAACACUGUGGUGCUCCUCUACCCCUUCGCUCUGCUCGGCCUCCUGUACUUCCUCUCUAUAUUUCUGGGCUGGAACUUCACCUGGGGUCUCUGCUGGUUUUAUAAGUACCGAGUCCAGUAGGAACCUUUUCAAUUUCUAAUCGGAUGCAAGCUGGUUCCAGAUGAACUCAAAACAAACAAAAAGACAAAGAGAAAAAGUCUCAAACUUUCUGUUUCUAGCUGAAUGUGGCUGAGAGAGACUUCUGGCUGACUCUUGGAGAACUGAGACUCUGGCUUGAUUGAGGCUGAGCUGGCUCCUUUUGGUUCUGUCAGCUCUUCUGUUGAACUCCAGUAAAUGGCGACGUGUUUGUACUAGCUCCAGACAAAACACGGGACAAACCAGACUUUUAUCAAUGUCCUCCUUGUGUGACUGCUAAAUACACAAUACACAUAUAUAGUUGUAAUAUAAGCCGAAAGGUGUCAUUUUGAAGAAAAAAAAAUGUUGGUUUUUAGUUGUGUUUGGAAAAAAAAAACAUUGAUAAUCCUGCUUGAUGAAGUGGAGAAACUUGGGAUGCAGACAUUUUUUCUUUUUUCCUCAAAGUGUACAUUCCAAAGCACUUUCAAUAAAGGGUUUUAUUAACUUAAACUACCUCAGUUUGGGUGCUUGGAGGAGAAACCCACAUUUCCCUGUAGUUCUUCAACAUGUGUUAGCCUUCUACUGGGAAUUUUUAAAAAUGUUUUCUUGUGAUAUUCAUUGCAUUGGAGUUCCCAUUAAAUCUCUGGAAUGUCAAUGUAUCAGCACACUAAUUUAGACCUUUAAGAAUUGAUUGAGGUUUAAGUCUCUGUUCUGACUUCCUUAGUUAUCAUUGAGUCUUCGCCUGAAGGGUUCUCGAAGGAUUUUACUUAAAUUGUUUGUAAUAAAUUAUCUCACUUUUGCAUUAUGGAGGAUCCUGUGCAGGAUUUUAAUGCAAAAAUAAAAGAAAUUUGAUGCACUUUGGAACUAGUCUCUAACAUAAAAUGUCCACAAAGUGAGAUCCUGAGAAUACUUUGCAAAUGCACUGUAAUUUGACAUGUUCAUGAAAGGAAAAAAAAAAGAGGCUCACCUGCUAUGAACUAAUUUGUACUUAUAAUGGCAGAUCCAUUAGCACAGAUGAAGAAAAUCUUAAUUUUGAUAAUAACGAAAAGUCUUGGCCAAAAGUUUGGAACCGACAGAAAACCUGUUUUAACAGUCUGCUUCAGUUUCAGUGGCUGCAGCUUGAAACAAUAUUAGGUUGCUAUGAAGCGCGAGUACAAUUUAUUUCAAAGUUUAUCUCAUUAAUAGAAGCUCAUCUUCACAGAGAUUAAAAGCUCUGAUUAGAUUCUUUUAGAUCUUACAAUCACAGAAAAGGUGAUGGUGAAGGGAGUGGGUGUAUUCAUAAAAACACAAAAAACAUCUGUCUAUGAAAGCAAAGGUUUAUUAUGCAACUAUAGUUCUGCAUCCUCCAAAACAUUUUCUGUUCAUUAAAACUCAUAAAAAUAUGUCAAUAGAGGAUAAAAAAUAAACUUUCAACUGGUUGUACUGUCUUAAUGCUAAAAUAUAAUCCAGAGCAACAAAUUGCUUGGUUUUCAAAAACAGGGUUACAUUUUAAAGUUUAACUUAAAAAGAAAACAUAAA